GUAGAUAUGUCUAUUUCGGGGCAAAGUUUGAGUAGAUUUUGCUAGCAGGUAGGACAGCAACCAGCAACCUCAGGGUGUAAAAUUGCAACAGGCGGGAGAGCGUUGUCAGAAGACUCUAGAAAUGUGAACAAGUGCAAGGGCGGGGGGAGCACAGGAACUCUCUCUGCAUUGGUGGCAUCUUUCUCCCGGACGGACGCCGAGUGUGUUGGCGCACAUCUUUUUCUAUCGAUUGGUGGUUAUGUGUUGCGGGGAGAGCCAGGCCUUUGAAGACUUCCCUGGUCAAAGACCAAGAGGCUUUUUGUUCUGUUUUGCUUAGAGAUGGGAUGGGGCCCGAAUUCUGCUUCAUUUCCCUCCCCCCUCCCCCUUUUAGCUUAUUUAUUUUUCAACGUGUUUUUGAAGUUCCCUUUCCUGGCGCAACGGCCAAGUAGGUGGAGCGGCGUCUCUCCUUUUGCCUUCUAGGGGUUGGGGAGGGGAGAGGGCCAGGGCGGGCCAGCCGACCAGGGGGAGGAGAAGGAAGUCUUGCUGGCUCUCUGGGAAUGCGAGCUGUUCCCCCUCUCUGUAAACAGCCGGUGACUCACUGCAUAGCUAUGGCACUGGAGCGAUGCCUCUGUUAAGCCAUGCUGCGUGUGUGUGCGCCUUCCCCGGGAUAGGGAGGAACGGUCUCCACUCGCCUUGCUCUCGGAAAGGAUUCCCACAGAGACCCCCGCCCGCCCGCCCACCCACCCCUUCCCUGCCCUGCGCCCCGGCCUCGGUUGCCUGCAGUGCCCCCUUCCUCCAAGGAGGGGUUCCAACCUUGAGCGGGCUCCCGGGACGCCCCACAACUGCUUCCAAACAUGAGGGCAGGAGAGGACAGCUGUAAAGGAAUGAACAAGAGCUUGGGAAAAGAUUUGCAAGUCCAAGUUGCAAUUUCUGAACAAUUCUGUCCAGGUGACUGUAUCCAGGUUAUGACGACUAAUCCAAAACCAAACAAAACAUUUAAGGUCAAGGAGGAGUCAGGAGAAAACGCCCCGGUGCUGAGCGACGAUGAACUCGUGUCGAUGUCCGUGCGGGAGUUGAACCAACACUUGCGAGGUCUCACCAAAGAGGAGGUGAUUCGCUUGAAGCAACGGCGGCGGACACUCAAGAACCGGGGCUACGCGGCCAGCUGCCGGAUCAAGCGGGUGACCCAGAAGGAGGAACUGGAGAGGCAGCGGGUGGAGCUCCAGCAGGAGGUGGAGAAGCUGGCGCGGGAGAACAGCAGCAUGAAACUGGAGCUGGACGCCUUGCGCUCCAAGUACGAAGCCCUGCAGACCUUCGCCCGCACCGUGGCCCGCGGCCCCAUCACCCCUACCAAAGUGGCUGCCACCAGCGUCAUCACCAUCGUCAAGUCCGCCGAAAUCUCCUCCAGCUCCGUGCCGUUUUCGGCAGCGUCCUAAUGUCUGAGGAGGGGAGAGAACCCGCUGCCCGGCUAGAAGGGAGGACUUUGCAGAGCCCUCUUUCGCUCUCGAGCCGGACCUCCGUCUUUCCACCCCCCAAAACAAGGGAGCCAUCCAGCCACGUAGCGGCAGACUCUUCCGAAGGGCAAUCCAACCGGCUGCUUUAGCUCUCGUUCAAGGAAGCCCUUUCCGGGGGCUGAAAUUGAAAUUGCGUAUCCAGCUCGAGGAAUCCGAAGGAGGCGUCUUGCACAGCUCUUCCUUGUGGCCUCCUUUUAAGUCCCAACCGACACGAGGUAUCGAAGGAACCUGUGCUCGGUGCAAAAAUUUCAAACGGAAAACAUGGUAGAAUCAACGGGCCAUAGGAAAAAAACAAUCUCUCUUCCUCCAGUUAGGAAAAAGAGGAGGAAAUAGCAGCCCCCGUUCUUUAUAGGUUGCGGGGGAUGAAGGUUCUGGAACAGUGACUGCAUCCAAAUUUUCAUAGCCCCCCCCGGGUCUUUUCUCUACAAACGCAGAAAGCCUCGGUGUGUGAAUGUCCACCUCGUCGCCUGGUUCCCUGGCGCUGCUCCGUCCCCCGCUGGAGGUCCUUUUGGUCAGGGGGCCCAGCCACACGGAGCAGCGUCCGCGUCACUGAAGCUGCUUCCCAUGACGUGCCUGUGAAGAGGGUCUCCUUUUUGAUGUUCUGGUGUGGCUUCCAAACAAUGCAUCUUGGUCUGCGUCAUCGUCCAGGUUCUACAGUAUCACAGGGGUGGGGAAAUGGGAAAUAUACGGAGAGCAGGCAGCGUGGGGAUGGAUUUGUUGGCUAGGUUGUGAGGGAAAAAAAGAGAUAAUUUACCAGAACUUAUGGAAAAGGCUAGUGCUAUAAAAUGAUGCCUUCGAAUCAGCAUCUUAGAAACAUGAAAGCUUUGUAAAAUCAAAGACAUGCCGGGGAAAAAAAGUGGAAGGGUUUUGAGGGGGGGAGGUUUUUGGACAAGGAAGGGUCAAAAAGAUAUACGAAUUCAACCCACAGCCUUAUCCAUAAUAUUUCUGCUGCUCCAGCCCCCUUAUUUUGGGGCUCUUUAACAUCAAGAGUUGUCAAAAGUGAAAAGCCCAGCGAAAAGCAGAAAGAAUUAGGUCUAAACCUCUACAGGGGAUUGGGCUCCUUAAGAGAACGCUCUGCACGCUCGAAGAUAAUGAAUUAUGCAGAGGGACACGGGAAGGUUUAAAAAGUGGUGCUUCCGGGGGUGGGGGGGCGUUGGAGACAAGUUAAAUUGGGACGUGGGUCUUGUGGCUCUGAGAAACGGAGAAAAUCAGAGCGCGAAGGAGGGAUGUAGGCUACUGUCUGUAUGUGUGCAAAGAAUGAGAAGGGCAGGUGAACUGAGUUUGCUCACACUUGAGAAAAGAGUGUUGGUAUGGAGAGCAGAGAAGAGAGGAAAAAAGCAGGUGCGUGGAUUUACGGAAAAGGCAGAGGAAUGAAGGAUGGUUAGAGUUGGGGUGUCAGUGAGGGAAGAAGGCUGGGGAACUUGGAGUUGCGGGACGAGUAAGUUGCCCUUUCAAAGUCCUUUUGCGCCGUUUUGUAAGGUUUUUAGCGGAAAGAAAGGUUCAAUGUGAGAACGGAAGCCUCAGAGAAAGAUGAGAUGGGUCGGUAAUGAAAUCUCCCCCGCACCCCACCCUUUCUGCUUGGCUGAAGUCAACCCACCAGAGAGAAAUUUCCAAUUUUCUACUGGGGAGGCAACAUUGACGUGGUUUUCUGCCUCACCCACAUCCUCUGGCGAUCCAGGGCUGAUCCUUGUUGCCCAGCCGUCUUACAUAUUUGCAUCCCCCGCCUUGUCAAACGUGUCCCCCUCUUUUGGGGCUGGAUUUGAACAGAAGACCUUGCUUCCCCAAAUGCUACUAGUUCCCGUGGUGUUUUCUCGGGGUGUCUUAAAACCCCCACUUACGUUCCCUCGCAGUUAAUACCGGUAGAUUGUAACCUCUCUCCUGUGGGUGCGUCCAUUAAUUGAAAGCAAAUAAGGAAGAGUAGCUGGCCUAUAACCUCGGCGUAGGGGUUGGUGGUAGGCGCAGAGUUACUAACACUGUGAAUAUAAUACUGGUGGUAGUUGGGUGCAUGGAGAGCACAGGAAGACUUCUUGGCACUUAAUGCUCUUCUGUGCCAUUCGGUAGUUUAGUGACGAGGAAGGGGGCUAAUUUUGACUGCCAGAUCAGGAAGAACGAGCAAAGCUAAUGGGCUGUGUGUCCGUUUUGUUGGCUUCAGAUUAACUCGCAAGGGGGGGGGUGUCCCCCUCCGGCCUCCCCCUACCCCUCUCGAAGACCAGUUAACGCCUGGUGUUCAUCCUUGCUGCUUUGGACUCCCUCACAAAAAGUUUGAGGAAGAAAACGAAUUAAGUUGGCUUUUUGUUAUUUUUUCUCUUGAAAACGUCCUUUGGAACCCCCUGGGGGGUCUCUGCAAGCUUCCCGAACCCUUCAAAGCAGAGGAAGGGGUUAGAUUGCACUGUCUUGAGUUUCAGAGAAUAAAUGCCAGUGGGCAUAAGAAUGUCGGAAACGUCAGAUCCUCUCCUCUCCCUCUGGGGCCACCUGGAAGCUGAACUCUGGAAAACGAGGGGCGAGUUAACUGGGCCCCACAAAGAGGGGAUAAAUGUUUAGAGGUGCCUUCCCUGGCCUGGUGUCCCCCAAACACGUCUCGCUACAGCUCUCCUUGUCCCCUAGUCAACAGUGGCCAUGAUGUUCCUAGCUCCUGGUUGAAAGCUGCUACCUCUGAGGAAGACAAGGGCUCUUCAUGAAGGAAACUGCCCCGUCCAUCCUAAAUUAUAAUGGUGCUCUUCCUGGAUUGGCUGAUUGCCCCGCAGCUCCCGGCUCUAGCUUGGGCCUCCCUUUGCUACACCAAGUUGAGGCUCUCCUUAUUUCUGGUGUUGGGUGGGCAACCCUUGGUCAGCUCCAGAAGAGGGUCCUCCGUUUCUGUGUGAUGCUUCCUCGUGACUGAGAAGUCUUCCCCUCGCCCGUAGUUUUAGGAGGUGGUCAAGCAAUAACGGACAGGAAUAAUGUGAUGGGAGGUGCUCUGGCAACUGUAGACCCACUGAGUGCAUCCAAGGGAGCUCCCACCACAGCAUCUGUUAACACCAUUGUGGUGGCCUUGAGUUGGCAAAAGCUGCAGGUGGGUUUAUCCCUAAGAGAGUUGCACCAGGUUUCCCCCACCCCCCUGCUGUGGUCACGCCCUCUCACGCUGUCCACUGACCAACCUCUCUGCACUUUCUUCCUAGCAGCUGCAAACCCCUCGGCCACCCCUGUCACGUGUGGGUGCCCCGUUGAAGGGGAAGCCAAUGGCUGAUCAGACGGCAAGGCCGUUGCGCAGGACGAGAGGAUAGUUGGACUAACCCUCUGACAGGGGGAAACACCUCUAAGGGAAAGAGUCCUCUUGACCUCCAGAUGUGGUCAUUUUUGUUGAUUUUUGGAGAACGGGGAGUCGCUUCUGUGGGGGGAAAGCAUCUCCCCCACCCCACCCCCAGGUUGGUGUCCAUUUCCCUUGCAAUCAGGCGCUGAAAAAGCUUAAAUCAGAAUUAAAAGCUGUUGAUACCAUAGUCAUGGUAGGUAAUCCAUAUUGGAUGUCAAUUUAAGGGCCACUUGGAAAUAUUUGAGAGACAUAUGCAUAUAGAUACAGAUAUAUGUGUGUGUGAGUGUGCUUGUAUAUAUAUAUGAUUAUAUAUAUAUAUAUAUAUAAAAUAAUUAUAUACAUUUUACCAUACAGGUUCUUUUUGUAAGAGAUACGUGUAAUAUUGUUGGUUAUCUUAUUUAAAUCUAUCUAUAUACCAGUUCCCCCCCCCCCCCAAAAAAAAAGGACAGGAGGGACCUAAGAAUUGGGGGUCUGCCUGCUUUCUAUGCAGGGGUCUCCAACCGUCGACACUUUUAAGACUCGUGGACUUCUGGGAGUUGAAGUC